GUAAAAUGCUAUUGCGUAUGCGCCAUGUUCUUUUUAGAACAUGGCGUAUUGUCAUUUCAACACUCAUGGGUACAACAACGUUUUAUUAUCUCGCUCGCUGAUAAUAAUAUAAAAAGGCGGGAGAGUGGUAUUUAUGUUAAAAUCAUGUUACCGUUAUCAUUAUUAAGAACUGCACAAAAUCAUCCUAUGCUUGUAGAAUUAAAAAAUGGGGAAACUUACAAUGGCCAUUUAGUUAGUUGUGACAAUUGGAUGAAUAUUAAUCUUAGAGAAGUUAUUUGUACGUCAAGGGAUGGCGACAAAUUUUGGAGAAUGCCAGAAUGUUAUAUUCGUGGUAGUACUAUUAAAUAUCUUAGAAUACCAGAUGAAGUAAUAGAUAUGGUUAAAGAAGAUGUACAAAUGAAAUCAAGAGGUCGUGGUGAAAUGAAAGGGAGAGGACAAAAUCAAAGAGGAAGAGGUGGUGGUAGAGGUACUUUUGGGCGUGGUGGUAGAGGUUCGGCACCAUUAGGUCGGGGAAGUGGUAAUCAAGGAGGAAACAAAGCUCAAAAUAAACCACGUAUUAAAUAAUAAUAAUUAAUUUCUUUUCUUAUAUAAUUUGUUUUUAUUUAUCAUAUUAUUACAUGAGGUAUCCCUAGAACAAAAAAAAAUAUAACUGCUACUUUCUCUUUUUGCAAUAUUACUAGUUUUAAAUAUUUAUGCUUUUAAGCAAUAUUAAAAUAGUACAAAAAUCGGUUGUAAGUUGCAAUAUUUAUUAACUUUAGUCUUUUAAAGAGUGUGUUAAAUACAAUCUUAAAAAAGGUUGUUUUUAACAAUUUUGACUUGUUUUUCUUUAAUUAAUUGGUAGGUAAGUUUAAUAUAAUAAAUAAGUCUUUUAAAAAAGAAAACAAAUUUAUUUGUAUCAUUUACAUUUAUUGGAGUGAUUAAAUUUACGUGGUUAUUACUACUAUACAUAAUACUUAAUAAUUAAACGUGGAAUAAAAUUACAAUAAUAUUUACCGACAUUUGUAUAUUUUAUUGUGAAAUUUAAAAGAACAUUUAUGAUAGUGCGAUCAUAUCAAUGUUUCAUAUUCACUAAAUCUCUGAUUUUUGAGGAAAAUAAACUGCGUAUGUAUAUGAAACGCGAGUUACGAAUAGCACAGAUAUACUGGAAAAAGUAUAUUUUGUCCGUGUUCAAUCUAUUCAUUGUUGAGUUAUUUAUCUUCAUCCUACAUCAAUUGUAAGAACAGUCGUACUAUAUGAAAUCUAAACAGAAAAUUAAAAUUAUGUUAAAAUAAUAUUUUUAAAUGAAAAAUAAAACUUAAUGACUACACAUA